AUGACAGCCUCCAACGACAAGAUGCCACCAAAGGGAAAGAAGACAGCGCCUGCACCCUUCCCCCAGGGUAAGGCUGGUAGCUCCAAGAAGGCCAAGAACCCUCUCAUCGAGAAGCGCCCCAAGAACUUCGGUAUCGGCCAGGACAUCCAGCCCCAGCGCAAUGUCUCCCGUAUGGUCCGAUGGCCCGCCUACGUCCGCCUUCAGCGCCAGAAGAAGAUCCUCAACAUGCGGUUGAAGGUUCCCCCUUCCAUCUCCCAGUUCCAACACGUUCUCGACCGAAACACCGCCACUUCCGCUUUCAAGCUCCUCAACAAGUACCGACCUGAGACCAAGGCCGAGAAGAAGGAGCGUCUCACCAAGGAGGCUACUGCCAUCUCUGAGGGCAAGAAGAAGGAGGAUGUUUCCAAGAAGCCCUACACCGCCAAGUUCGGUCUCAACCACGUUGUUGGCCUGAUUGAGAACAAGAAGGCUUCCCUCGUCUUGAUCGCUAACGACGUUGACCCCAUUGAGUUGGUUGUCUUCCUUCCCGCUCUCUGCCGCAAGAUGGGUGUCCCAUACGCCAUCGUCAAGGGCAAGGCCAGACUCGGUACCGUUGUUCACCAGAAGACUGCUGCCGUUCUCGCCUUGACCGAGGUCCGCUCCGAGGACAAGAACGAGCUCUCCAAGCUCAACUCCGCCAUCAACGACGGUUACCUCGAGAAGCACAAGGAGGCUAUCCGCCACUGGGGAGGUGGUAUCAUGGGUGCCAAGGCCAACGCUCGCAUGGAGAAGCGCAGAAAAGCUCUCGAGAGCGCCAUCAAGAUCUAA